CUUUUUUCUUGCUUUUUUGUUUAUUUUUGAAUUCCUUCAUAUAUAUGUCGGAAACGGGAAAACACAGGCAGAUACACCUUUUCAUCAUUUUAAUUUUGGCAAUAUAAAUAUCGGACACAUCGAACUGAAUGCAUAGAAGUGUAGUGCACCAAAUAUUUGGAGUGAAACAUAAGUAUUGCAAAAAUGAGGCAGCUUUCCAAAAACAUAUUCUUCCUUGUCCUCCUAAUUGCUCUCGUUUCAGUUGACGGCCAAAACAGCACUCUCAAUGCCUGCUCUCCGUAUCAUUCAGGCCAGCCAUGCGGCGACAGUGACAACUGUAUGGACAUAUGUAAAACACGGAUGACCUCUGCCAAUAUUGCAGGAGCAGAGGUUACCGCAGGAAAUUGCACGCAAAUGGCGCCCGGAUCUCCGCAAAGAGUAUGUGAGUGUGCUUACCAAGCGCCAACUUGCUCGCCGGGAGCAUCUCCACCACAUGCCGCGGCAUCAAUUCACUUUCCAAAGCCAACUCACACAACCCUAGGCCUUAUCACAUUCCUAUUCCUAUACAAAUUAUCUUAAAAACGCUACGCUACUACAUUUUUUACAUCAUAUAUAUCGUGAGAAUUAAUUAAUUAGUAGUAGUAAUCUGCGGCUACUACAAUAUUUGUGCGUUUUCACUCUCCUUUGUACCAUUCCAUGGCAUGGCUAGCUUUUGAAUUUGUCCCACCCCCAGCCCCACCCCUCCAUGUAUUCCUUCCUUCGAUCAAUUAAUUAAUUAAUACAGUUGGGUGCUUAUUAUUGUGGAAAUUUAAUAGACGCGCUCAUUUCUUCAAA